AUGAAGAUAAAAAAACAUGAUUUUGUUUUGAUUGACGAUGAACUAAAAUGUAGGUUGCAUAAAGUUGCGGAUAUGAAAAUAAGAAUAAAAAAAAAUUAUAUAAAUUUAUUAUUUCUUGUAAAUAAAAAAUAUGGAUCAACAUUUUCUUUUAUAAAUAAUAAAUGGGUAAGAAUAAAAAAACAAAAACACAAACUUGAGAUAGAUUAUGAUGAAGACAUUAUAGGAACAAAUAAAGAUAUAUAUCAUAAUAAUAAUUCCCAAAAAUUAACAGAACAAAAUAUUGCAGAAAUAAAAGAAAUGAACUAUGAAAAUCCAUAUGAAAUCGUCCAAAAACUUGUAGAUAAUUCAACCACAUAUAAUGAAAAAACAGUAAUAUCACAGUUUAAAUAUAUACAAAAAAAAUUAAAAAGACAUUUAUGCCAAUUUACAGUAUAUGAAUGUAAUAUAUUUAAUCUAGCCAAUUUUUAUUAUAAAUAUUUUCCUGAAAAAAUUUCAUAUAUCCGUGUUGAUUAUUUGGCAAACUUGCUUUUUCAUUUGAAUCGAAGUAUUCUUAUAAAGGACGAGAAUAAUCAUAUGCUUGUUCAUAAUAAUAAUGGAAAUAGUAAAAAUAAUGAUAACUAUAUGAAUACAGCUUUAUGUAAAAACGCUGGAACUAGCAUAGAAGCAGAAGCAGGAGUAGAAGUAAAAGCAGAAACUGAUAUUGGUAUUAUUCCAUUUGAUAAACAUAAUAUAAUAAUUUAUGAUGAUUCGCAUGGUUUGUUAACUAGUGUUAUAAAUAUUAUUUAUGACUAUAAUGUAAAUAUAUUAUCACUAGUAUAUAAAAAUACAUGUGGAUCUAUUAUACCUAGUUUUGGAAUCAAAAAAAAUACAAGUAUUGUAAAAGUGAAAAUAUUAGAUAUUCCAAAUGAAACGAGAUCAAAUAAUAAUAUUUAUUUUGAUGAAAAUUUAAAUAUUGUUUUCCCAAAUGUGAUAGAAGGAAAUGAACCCAUGAAUCAACCAGACAAAGAUGUUACAAUAAACAAAUUUUAUUGUGUAGAAACAGAUAUUGUUGAACCUAAAGAAAAGGCACAUGAACUUAUUAUAACAACAUUAAGUAGCGAACUGAAGAAGGAAGAUAAGGAUGCUCAUAAAAAUGUUGACAAUAAUAAACAUCAAGAAAAAAUACAAGUCAGAGAUGAUGCAAUUAAAAAUAAUAUAAUGGAAAAUUCACAAAAAAGAAAAGUAGAACAAACAUAUAAUAAUGACAUCAGUAUAAAUGAAACAGUGAAAAAAAUACAUUAUAAUACUAAUGAUCAUAUAAAAAAAAAAAUAAUUGACAACGAAAUAAAGGAAAAAAAUAAUACAUGGAUAGAAAUAAAUAAAAUGAAAAAAAAUAUUAUAGAUGAUAUAAAUAUGAGAAAAGCUGAAUCUUUUGUUAUAAUUAUAUCAAGUGAAUUUAUUUAUAAUACAAAUACAGAUAUAAAUUUAUUAGCAAAAACAUUAAUAUCCAUUUCUUUAAAAUAUUUAAAUAAUGAUAAUAAAAUAAUUAUACAUACAGAUGAUCUAAAUAUAUCAAACUUAUUUAUGCAAUUAUUAAUAAAUUCCAAAUCAUAUAUAAAUAUUAAAUUAAAUGAAUUUAUUUUAAGAGAGCAUCAAGUUAUUAAAAGACGAACUCACCCAACUAUAAAAAAUGCCAAGUUAGGCGAUGGUUUUUUGCUAACUGCUUUGAAAGUGGAAAGUUGGUAA